AUGGUGGUCAUGGGCCUGAGGUGUGCCUUGACUGCCGGGCGAGGGAAGAGGGAGGGGGAAGGGCAAGGGGAGGAGAAGGGGAAAGGGAGGAGAGGGGUGGCGGGAGGUGGCAUUGGAGGAGGUGCUGCUGAAGGAGCCGAUGGUGGUGUUGGAGUUGGAGGAGGUGCAGGUAGUGGUGCUGGUGCUGGUGGUGGCGUUGGAGGAGGUGCUGGUGGAGGAGCAGGUGGUGGUGCAGGAGGUGGGGCUGGUGGUGGAGUUGGAGGUGGAGCAGGCGGGAGAGUAGGAGGAGGAGCUGGUGGAGGCAUUGGUGGUGGUGCCGGAGGUGGAGCAGGUGGAGGCAUGGGAGGAGGCGCUGGAGGAGGCCUUGGCGGAGGUGUUGGAGGUGGGGCUGGUGGCGGAGUAGGGGGUGGAGCAGGCUGUUGGGCGAGGCUGCGUUGCUGCGUUGUUGCUGUGUCUGCGUUGCUGCGUUGA